UGAUGACAAGUUCCUUCAAAUGGAAGAGGGAUACGUUUUCAGUAAAAGGUUCUACCUGGUAGAAUAUUGAUCAAGGCUUACUUCAGCACUAGAUUAAUAGCAUCAACACGAAUCACAAUUGUAUGCAGCAGAAGGAUGAACAUCACGAAAAAACACAGCCCACCAUUCCAUGAGAAUACAAUGUAUGCGGAAAUGCUGAAAUUAUCUAUCAAAAACUGGUAGCCACGCAUGAAGAGCAAAAUCAAGAACGGCAUUGUGCUACACACCGCUACCCAAAUGGUUCCCAUGAGAUGGAACAGCUGAUAGUUUCUGUUGCAGUUAAAUUUGAUGAUCUACAAACGAUUCAAACGAGAAGAUUGAUAUGCAACGGAAGAGAAAGAUGAGUGAAGUUGCCAACAUUCAUUCAUCUACUUUGAUUACCUGUGCAUCGAAAAGUUCCAUAUCGGAGAAUACUUUCACAACUUGGCUUUUUUUGUACUCCAGUAACCAGACAACAAAUACCAGAUACAGGAAAGGCAUUUUGAGCAGAAACCCCAAACCUCGCUCCACAAGUGGUGAACUCGAAACAAAUAUGAGUUUCCAGGAAUCAGUUGUUAGAGCGACACUCAGCAAAUAUACCCUUAAAACGCUAAUCGCAAUCAAUUUCAACCAAUGAACUGAUCUAUUUUUGCCAUCAACUCCAUUCAACGAAACAUUAUGUACGAGGUAAACUUUGGUUGCUCCCCAAACGGAUGCGCAAGAUUGAGCAUAAGUUUCACAGGAAAACCACCAUUUGAAAGCGUAUUCACGAGCUACUUGUCGCUGAAAUAUGAACAUUCUAGCCUUCGCCUAAUGGUACGUAAAGCACUUCACUAACUGCUGCUUCCGAGGGCUUAUUGAGCCUGACCCCUCGGAAUGGGCGGUUUAAAUAGAAGCAUUCGUCUAAGGCAUUAAACAUAGCAAUUAAAACUCAAUUAAACGGGAAAUGUAUCUACCAUGUAGACCAUAUAAGCGUUUGAUUGCAUUCGUAGAGCCACCAGUGAAAUCAUGCACGGCUUCAGAGCGCUUUAUAGAUGGUUCCGGGCUGAGCCUCGUAAUAUUUUUGACGUUUUUAAGUACACUGAAGCGAUGUGUAGCAUUUUCGGCAUAAACCUUUACCGGUAUCGAGGAGAUCCAAUCAAUGGUGCGGCUGAGCUGAGUGGAUGGCAAAUAGUAAAGCUGUGCUUUAUGAAUUUGCUCCUCAUAGUGGUGUCGGUUAUAAAUUUUUUGAUUCCCGGAGAGCUGUUGAACAAUGGUUCGAUGAUUGUAACUUAUGUUAUGCGUACGCUAUUUGUUGGUGGUGUUUUGGGGGUAUCGCUCAUGAGCAUCAUACAUGCUCUGAAUUGGCGAUCACUCGCUACCCUGUUUCAAAAGUUGCAUCAAUUAGAUAUGAAGUUUCAACUUCUCCAACAUCCCAUAAAUCACGUGGCACAGCAGCAGCAAAUAAUACGUGUGUUUGGUUCAGGAUUGAUGGUGUUCGUCAUUAUCAUCCUUGCAUUCAACUUUAGUACACUUGUGAUGGUAGAAAAUCGUGCCGUUGCCUGGAGUUUAGUCUUUGGUCAGAUUUAUUUCAAUUCCGUCUACUUCUGUAUCAUUAGCUUGUUUGUUACCUUAUCUUACCUUAUUUCUCUUCGUUACAAACAUUUAAACAACUUGAUGAAAAUAACUUUUGAUACCUCUAACGAUGAUAUGGCUGAAGGGGAUAGAAUGUACACGGAUCAAGUCAAAUUACCCCCCAGUAUUGUGCAGAGACGUAUCAUAAUUAUACAGGCAAUGGCAGAGCUGCAUAGUUUAUUGAAUGACAUUGCAGAGCAUGUGAACCGGAAUUACGGCGAUUUCAUACUGCUAAACAUAACCGGUGCGAUGCAGUUUACCAGUUUUAAUCUGUUUGCUUUGGUGAAAAUAUUUUUCAUCAACAUUUCGCAUGCGCGAAUCAUAACAUAUUUUAAUGUAAUCGGUAGUUUAUUCUACAUGACUAUGUUUACGUUCAUCAUCAUUCGAUCACGAUUGAUUGCACAGGAGAGCAAAUUUACUGGAACAUUGCUUCACAAAGCGAUGAACAACGAAUCAAACAGCGAGAUGAUUCAUUCAAUGAUCGUAUUCUCGAGGCAGGUCCGAUAUCGUUCGGCAGUCAUUUGCUCCAAACAGAUCCAGAUAGAUUGGCCAUUCGUGUUUAAUUGUAUUGCAGGACUAGCAUCAUACUUUGUCAUUCUUCUUCAGUUCGACGUGGCUAUGAGACUCAACUGAUCGAUCUUAUUAAGAGGCCGUAUGUGCGUAGAAAAGGUAUUUCCCA